AUGUCCAGUGAUGAGGAAGAAUGCUCUGUGGAGGAAACCUCUCAGGAACCAGAAGAAGUAGUUACUGAAGAAGUUAAAGAAGAACCAGAACCGACUGAGCCUCCAAAACUUGAAGUCCCAUCAGACAUAUCCCAAUUAGAAGCGCCAGUUUUUACUACGCUAACCCGUGGCCCACCAGAGCCAAUGCUAAGACUAGACUGGAGCCACCGAGCCACAUUGAUCGGAGAGAAAGUUUUGAAUCCUAUGAUCUACUGUUGUGACAUAUGUUCUAAACCAAUAUUAAUUUAUGGACGAAUGAUUCCAUGUAAACAUGUAUUUUGUUUGUCAUGCGCUAGAUCUGAUCAUACACACUGCCCCCGAUGUCGAGAAAAGGUUUUAAGAGUUGAACAGACAGGACUAGGCACAGUUUUUAUGUGUACUCAUUCGGGCACUCGAUAUGGCAACACUGGGUGUAGAAGAACCUACCUUUCACAGAGAGAUCUGCAAGCUCACAUCAAUCACAGGCAUGUUUCUUCAGGUACGGUAGAGAAUAAACCGGAGCCUGAAGCGCCGUCCAAUACUGUUGCUAUUGUCAAGCCUUUAACGCAAAUCCCUCCGUCUGCGGGCGACCCGCGCGCGCACACGCACGCGCACGGCGCGGGCGGCGGCGAGCGGCGCCCGGCGCGCACCAACCUCAUCACCGUGCCCAUACAGGACCAGACUGAAUCGCACAACUACUAUAACUAUUAUCCCCCCCCGCAGCCGGUCCCCCCGCCGUCGCUGCCGCCGGUGUCGUCGGUGCAGGUGAUGCACACGAUGAGCGUGCCGCCGCCCACGUACUACGCUACCGCGCCGCCUUACUCUGCGCCACCCUCCUACGUCACGCAGCCAGGCGGCAGCAUGACGACGAACGUGGGCGGCGUGAACCCGAUGGCGUCGAGCGUCCCGAUGGGCGAGAGCUCGCGCUGGGCGGAGGGCUACCCGGGCGGCUCCGUGGCGGUGCCGGGCUGGGCGCCGCCGCACCACUACUACCGGUAG